AUGAAGAGAAAAAUACAGAAGGCAAUUGCUGGUAAGGACUAUGAAGGACAUGUAGUGCGGCCUAUCUUCUCCAUUGACAACUCUGCAAAAUUAAUUCAAAGACGGUUGGAAAAGGUUUUUAGAAAAGAUAAAAACAUUGAUGACAUCCAAGAGCUAAAAGACAAAAUCAUGGAAGUGUUGAGACAGGAGCCAUACAUGAAGGAAAGGAUACCUGCGAGGUAAAUAAAGUGAAUAAUAGAACACAGAUGUCUUUUGGCGAGAAUUUCCAUGUUAAUUAAGGGUUGAGGUUUGACAGCAUUAAAACUACAGUGGACAUAUGUACAUAUACACUGUGGGCCUUUGUCCAGUCCAUGUAGCAUUUUGCUUGCAUAUCCAAAGAGGUUCAUGUUUUACCAGUAAAUAGUUGGCUACAUGGGGAUAAAAAAUCCUCGUAUACGAUACCUAAAGGCUGCCGGCACAUCGUAAGUCAGUCACUUAGGUUGAAGGGCAGUCUAGAGACUGUCAGUAAUAGGAAAAAAUAAACACGUGAAUACUGAAACAAGCGAACGCAGAAAUAUUACAUAAGUCACUCAAAAACGUCUUUCUUUACGCUUCCUAAUAUGUGAUGCAGGCCCUCUCUUUUAACAUGUAAUUUAUUCCAAUGCAUUAGUUUACCUAAGAACAAAGGCAAAUGAAAUUUAAACCAAAGAUAAAUAUAAACCACAGAGUCACCCUAUAUCACAACGUUGCUUUACCUUGAAGGAAAUCGACAAAGGAAGGGUUUGAUGGGAGGUGGCUUUCCAGAACAUUUUUAAAUGGAGUUUAGUUAAAACAGUUGUUAUUCUGAAUAAUAAUUUGGGUAAUAAGCAGCCAUGGGCGCUAAUCAUUUAUAAUAAUCAUAAUAAUAAUUUAUUAUUCAGUUUGUAAGGCGCAAAAUAAUAUUUAAAUAUGAUCUUUCGGGGGUCGUUUCUAUGGCGGAGCCAAAAGCGUGAUAUAAAAAACUGUUAGAGACAACAUUUUAUUUCCAAACAAAAGGGCGAAAAGUCGCUAAAAAAUAAAAAUUGUCAAGUUUCUCCUCGCUGUUAUGUGGGUGGCUUCUUCUUGUGUGAACCGUUUUCAAGAUGUAAUAGAAAAAAGGAAUCGGGGAGAGAUUGGGGUGAAGUGGGGUUGCUAUUUUUGGGAUUCCUUAGCAUUAAUUAUCAUUUUUUUUAGCGGUACCUUCGGGACUUAUAAGUGGCCACAUUUUGUGACUUUACAUUCGGGGUCCGUUACUUUUUCGGGAAUUUUACUUAAGGUGGCCACAAUAAAUUAUGUGAGCUCUUAUUACUAAAUGGUUGCCACUUAACACGUCAGGACUUGUAGAAUUUAUAUUUGAACCUCUGCACAACGGCCACCUUGGGGACAGAAGAUAGUGGCCAUUGUAGAGAGGUUUAAACAUGAGUCACUGUAUGGACUGUCCGCCAAACAAAAAUGGCCAUUGUAGAGAGGUGGCCGUUAGUGGAGGUUCGACUGUAGUUAGCUUCUGUGAUUGUGUUAUAUCUACAUGGUUUAGAUUGCGUGCAAACUUCUGCACAUGAAUCGCUUCAAGCCACAAGAACUGCCCGAUGACACGAAUACUUUCAUUCAUCUUUUUAUAAUCUAGGUGGCUGAACUUUGAGAAGGUCCUCAAUGCUUUGCUGGCCAAGAAAGUUUACCAUUUGCACUUGAGCGAACUUCAAACCUAUGUAAGGGACAACUGCUUUAUAAAUGACGAGGAAGAGUUCACUACCAUGGUAGAUUUCUACCAUGACCUGGGGAUAAUUAUCAAGCAUUGCAGCACAGUCAUUGUGAGCGCUGAGUGGUUAAUAGACCUAUUCAAGCAGCUGAUAACCAUUCCACCAUUUGAUGAAACGGUAAGGUCCGAAAUACGUUCGGUAAGUGUUUUCAAGCCAUUUCAGCAGCAUUCUCUUCUAGCUCUUUUUAUUUAUUUAUUUAUUUGACACACAAUAGUAAAAAUACAACAACAAAAAUGUAAGAUAAGUAGCAAAAGGGAACUGGCGAGGAGGAGACCUGUUCGAGAUUAGGCCUCCUCGAACUACUGGCUUUAGUUGCUUACAUCAAUUCAAGCAAAAGAUGGCGUACAGUCUAAAGUUCAAAAACUAAUGUAAGCUUUACAAUGUUCUUAAAGGAAGAAAGGGAUCGAGAGUUAAUAACUUCGUUGUCAAGACAACUAAAAAACCUUGGGAUCUUAAAAAAGGAAAUUUCUUAGUGUUUAGUGUUCGAGUCUGUCUAGGAAUUUCUAGUAUUGUUACAACAUUGGUAUUGAUAUUGUUUUAAGAAAAAUUGUUAUGUAACAUGAUUAUAUUGGUAACGAUGGCCAUUUAAUUCAGUAUAUUGCAUUCAACUUGCAAAACAACUUCUUAUUCAGUCCAGUGCUAAACCACGAAUACCGUGGAUGUUCGAGUUUAUCAAAAAUAAUGGCGUAAUCUACGGCGUCAACUCCUUUUGAGAGGUCAAGAAAAAUAAAGACAUCACCUAAAAAAACCUUAUAAUCACUCUACAUUUUAUUACUCAGGAACCCAAGUUUUCCAACCUCUGGCAGGAAGUUAAAGAAAGUGGUGUCCUCAGCAUGGAACUGCUUCACCAUGUGUUUUCUAAGUUUCUUCUGAAGGGCGCUGCAAAGGAUGACAUUCUGGACCUCAUGGAACAAUUUGGUUUGAUUGCAAAGUUUUCGCCUUGUAAAACUGAUGAAAAGUAUUUUGUGCCAUGCCAGCUCAGAAUGCCACCUGAUCCCAUUUGUGCCAUGGUACCCUCAAGCUCAGACCCUUGUCCUCUUUAUGUUUACUUUGUUACUGGUUCUGUCCCUCAUGGCCUGUUCAUACGGCUUGUUUCUCGCCUUGUCAGGUGGUGUUCUGAGGCUGGUCCACCUCAGCCCCCUACCCUAUAUCAAAAUGGAGCAUGGUUCGUCAUUGGGAGGAAAAUUGUCCAUGAUUUAGUUCUUAUUUGUAAGAAGCAGUUCAUAAAGUUUUUCGUCAAGCAAAAAUCCCAACGUCAGAAGAUUUCAGUGGAGGACACAAGUGAGGUAGCGGUGCAGGUGCGCGAGUUUGUGGAGGCAACUCUACAAACGUUCUCACAUGAUCUUCUGUAUUUGCGUGGAGUGCAGUACGAGAUCCGGGUGGCCUGCCCAUACUGUCAGCUGGAAAAGUGCUCAGGCCAUAAUCAGAUGGGUUGUACUCAUGACGACUGUCUUCACCUCCUGGAGUUAAAACAAAGUGACCCACUGAUUUGCAAAAAGAAACCUUCAGAGGGGUUACUUACGGUUAGAGGACAGGAAAAGUGGUUCUCACAGGUGCCAAGUGAGGUAGGUGGUAAUAAUAUUCAGUCUCUAGUAAAUAAUGCUGUUAGGUUAGCGCUUCAUUUUUAUAAACUAAAAGAGAAUCAUACUAUAGGGGACGUUAGAUACCCUCAAGUAUUAUGUUAUUAAAUGUGUAGUCGUCUAUCAAUUUUUUAAGUUCCAACAUAAUCUUUUCAUGUAAGUUAUAAGAUUAUAGGAUGAAGCAUAGUGUAUACCUCUUAUAUGGCCUAGCACAUGAAUCUCCGUAGGAAAAACAGGAGAGAGGAAAUGACUAGAAGAAAUAAAGUAAAAUUAAGUGAGUUCAUAAGUUCAAUUGGCUAGGGGUACCCAACGUCAAUUUUCGGAAAAUAUCUGUUCGGAAGACGAUUUGAGAUCUAGAAUUUUCGAAACAUUUGUUGUAAAAUUUGUUGCUUGCCUGCCUCUACUAGGAUUUUCGAACAUCUAAAAAAUGGUAUAAUUGCCCAUUUUAACGGAUUUUUACCCUAAAAAUGUCACCUAGAAUUUUCGGAAGCCUUUUUUCUGGCUGAAAUUUUCGAAAAGGUAAGUUUUGAUCCCUAUAAUUUUCGGAUCACCAGAAUUUCAGCUAGGAAAUCCGAACGGAUGAAAAAUUUUUUGGGGAUAAAAAUAUGCCUAUAUCUACCGUUUAAAUACUAAAAUACGUUUAACAGUGCUAUAUGUUUGAGUGGUUUGGAACCAUAUUCUCGUUGGGUGCGCCUGAUUGGUACCAUAUAAUGACUAAAAUGCUGAUACUAGAAGCUCUUAACAUUUGGCUCUGACGAAUAAGUAUGUGUAAUCAAAUGGUGACGAGUGAAAUUGGGGAAUAAUUUCAUGCGCGUUUUGUCCAAAUCCUUAUAAUUUCCCGAGCCUUUAGGCGACGGAAAUUGGACACAAUGGUUAUGCAAAGUUUUUGCGGGGGACCGGGGGGUGGGGGGUAAACAGGAUGCAUUAUCGUCUAUGUAAAAAUAGUCAAUUCUAAAAUGCGCGUUUUGUUUCCCUUACAGGAAGUGCAUACUCCAUCACCUGAUACUGCACACCCAGGGCGUUCAGUCUUGAAAGUUGCUCUUCUGGCCAAUGAAUGGGGGUCAUCUAAGGGUGGGUUGUCAACAAUAAACAGAACACUUGCCAUACAUCUGGCAAAACACGCAAACGUAGAAGUUACAAUUCUUGUACCUGAAUUUGAGUGUGACGAAGAAGACAAGAGAACUGCCAGAAGUUACAACAUUGCCAUUAAGGAAGUGCAGCGUCGCCCUGCCGUCAGUGAUCCUCUUGACUGGUUGAGCUUUCCACCAAAAGACCUUGACAUUCAAGUUGUGAUUGGUCAUGGUGCAAAGGUCGGUAGACAAGCGCAAUUUAUCCGAGAGUCUCAUUGUUGCAAGUGGAUGCAGGUUGUGCACACUGAACCUGAAGAGCUGGCAAUGCAUAAGAACUAUGCUAACGCAAUUGCCAAAGGGGAAGGAAAGAACAGAGCUGAAGUUGAAUUGUGCCAAAUUGCAGAUCUCGUUGUGACAGUUGGACCCAAGCUGAGGGAAGCGUUCUCGUCCAAACUGCGUUCAUCUCAUCGAGAUGUCUUUCAAUUAAUACCAGGUUCCUUUGCAGAGUUUUCAGAUACUAAACCUGCUACACAAGAUAGUGUGAAUUUCAAAGUGUUAACCUUUGGCCGUGGGGAUUAUGAGGACUUCAGUGUCAAAGGAUAUGACAUUGCUGCUAAAGCCAUUGUUGAGCUGCAGGAUAGUUCUUACCGUCUGCUGUUUGUUGGUGCACCUGAUGGAAAGCAGGAUGAAGUGGCAGAAAUCUUACUUCAGACUGGCAUUUCAAAGAACCAGCUGACUGUCAGAUCAUUUGUACAAAGCAAGGAAAGAUUGAAAGAGUUGUUUUGCGAAGUCGAUGUGGCCAUCAUGCCUUCAAGAACUGAAGGAUUUGGGUUGACAGCACUGGAAGCGAUGUCAGCUGGUCUUCCCAUUCUGGUUAGUGGAAACUCCGGAUUUGGAGAAACACUGCGUGGUCUUACUGAGGGCAAGUCAGUUGUGAUCGAUUCUGAUGACCCCAAGGAAUGGGCAAAGGCAAUUGAUGCUAUCCGUCAAAAACCUAGGAUACAGCGGCUUGAGGAAAUUCGAAGAGUGCGAGAAGUUUAUGAAGAGAAGUUCAGUUGGAAAAGACAGUGCCAGCUGCUUGUUGAAAAGAUGUGGAAGAUGGUUUAUGGUAAGUAAUCAAACUUAUCUUAAAUUAACUAAUAAAUUUUAAUUAAUAAUUAAACUGUGUGGUGUGCAAAUUCACGCGCUUUUAUGUUUGGACUGACUGGCCGGUACCAAAUGGCAACACACCACCUCACUUAAAAUAUCAUCUCAAGGUACAUGGUGGUCGGCUGGUAGGCCAGGCACUUGUCCAAUAAAUUGACGUUCUACGACGUUACCAUCGUCACAUUACUCCUGUGUGGGUGUACGACUUGGGAGGUCUCCUGCUGUUACAUCAGAAAAAAGCAGAAGAAAUAUCUCGAUUCACCUUAGGCAACCGAUAUCAAGACAAGUCACCACUGAGCUUGCGUUCCUCAUGGGUUAGGCAACUUACAGUUACACUUUCAUCAAGGCAUCAUCAAACUGAAGUGAUCUAAUAUACAAAUACUUAUUAUUCUGUGGAUUUUGCCCAUGAGAACGUUAAGAUAUAGAGAUUACAUUAUACAUCUAUUCAUAACUCGGGAAACUCAUUUGUUGCAAAAAUAGUUGGUAUUUAAUCGACGUCAAGACUUUGUGUUGCCUCGUCUAUGUAGUGCCUGGAACAUUGGCAUGCUGUUAACUUAAGGAGCGUUUCCUUUACAAAUCUAAAGCCUAUUGCACCACACAGUUGGGAGAAUAGGUUCGUAUUAGUGAAAUUAACUUCGGCUGUAAAAAUUCGUUGGUUAAACUAGUAAAAAGUGUCCGUUAUUAUCGAAAUUAAGAGACAAUGUUAGGGCUUUCCCUAGGGACAGAGGAUACCGCCCAUAAUGAUGAGGUGUCCGUAAAGUGGGUCUCGACUGUAAUUCGUUACCUUUGUGAACAGUACACGCGUUACUCCAAUGUCAAGUUUAUUUUUAUAGAAGAGUGACGUCAUUUUUACUGUCUAUUUAGGUAGAAGAGUGACAUCAUUUUUACCCUGAUUCUUACUUAACACCAAAGUAAUUGAAAGGAAAUGAUCCUUCAUGAUAUUGUUGUUGGAUCAGAGACGUGAUAGGGUGGCUUGAAACCCGAUUGACACCCUGUGGUAUUUGUAAGCACCACACCUCUUCACAGCGAAUAAUUUUGUACUAUUGCUAUUUACAGGUGACUUGACAUUCCGCGCACUUCAGCAAAUCCAGUUAGACGCACGUAGAGAGACCAGCCAAACUGAACUGUCACUGAAUUUAAAGAAGACUGCUCAAGAGAAAGGCUUUGUGAUUUCUGACAAUCAAGGAGAGGGAAACUGCAUGUUUUUUGCUCUUUCAGAGCAGCUUGCUGUCGUAAAAGCAAUGAGGCUGUCUCAUGAAGAGAUACGUCAAACUGUGGUCCGUUAUCUUAUGGACCACCCUACGCUGGUAAGUUAA